UGAUUUGUUGUUAUGACGUUUCUAUAAUAACUUUUUAUCACUCAACUAAGAUAUAUAUCAUCUCUAUAUAUAAUCCCCAGCUUAAUUGUUUCCUGUGCUAACAGUACACUAAAAACCUUAGCUUACAAGCCUCAUAUUAUAUAUACUAGCUAGUUUCUGAUUAGAAGGAAGGUUGUUUGAGCAAAAGUUAAAAUGAGUUAUGUUAUUAGUAUGUUGAUGAUUAUUAUCUUAGGAACAAUAAUAGGUUUCAUAGGCUUAGCUGAUGCACAACUAGAGCUUGGUUACUAUGCUCAAAGUUGCCCGAAAGCCGAGGAGAUUGUGCAAGGCUUUGUGCAUAAACACAUCCCAAAUGCUCAAUCUUUGGCUGCUCCUCUUCUUAGAAUGCAGUUUCAUGAUUGCUUCGUUAGGGGUUGUGAUGGAUCAGUGCUGUUAGAUGUAACCGCAGCAGGAAACAAUGAUACUGAAAAGACUGCAAACCCAAACUUGACACUCAGAGGCUUUGGCUUCAUUGAUGGUGUUAAGAGCUUACUUGAGGCAGAAUGCCCUGGUGUUGUCUCUUGUGCAGAUAUCAUUGCUUUGGUUGCUAGGGAUUCUAUAUGGACCAUUGGAGGUCCAUGGUGGCCUGUACCAACUGGUAGACGAGACGGAUCAAUCUCAAAUGCAACAGAAGCACUCCAAAACAUCCCACCUCCAUUUAGCAACUUCAGCUCACUCCAGACAAUUUUUGCUAGUAAGGGUCUUGAUUUGAAAGAUCUGGUGUUGCUUUCAGGUGCUCACACCAUAGGAGUAGCACACUGUCCAUCAUUUUCUGAGCGGCUCUACAACUUCAGCGGACAAGGAUACGGCCAAGACCCAUCACUCGACAGCGAGUACGCGGCGAACCUCAAGCAAAGAAAAUGUACAACGCCUAGUGACAACACAACCAUCGUUGAGAUGGAUCCUGGUAGCUUUAGGACAUUUGAUCUUAGCUACUACAAACUACUUCUAAAAAGGCGAGGACUCUUUCAAUCUGAUGCUGCACUAACUAAGUCGUCUACAACUCUUUCUUACAUUAAGCAGCUUGUAAAUGGUCCAUUAGACACUUUCUUUGAUGAGUUUAGUCAGGCCAUGGUGAAAAUGGGUCAGGUUGAGGUGCUCACUGGCUCAGCUGGUCAGAUAAGGAAACGUUGUGCUUUUGUUAAUCAAUGAGCCAACUAGUAACUACACUUCUUAAUUUUAUUGUUGUAUAUUAGUACAUCAAAUCAGUUAUCACUUGUUUGUUUGUAUGGGUCCUUUUUUUGUUUGAAUUUUUCUUAGGAAUGCAUAUGGUCUUUGAGUGAAAGUGAUUUUUUUUGUCAUUUUUGUGGGAAAUAAUUGAGGGGGGCAGUUGUGCUCUUUCAUUGUGGCUUACAUGUCACUUUUCCUUUGGCGGAUAGUGGCACUUUGGAAUAAUUUAUUAUAAAAUGUUUUUUUUAUCCAUAUGAAUUACGAAGGUAGUAAAAAAUGUAAAAUAGCGAUAUUUGAUUUUUAAGUCACAAGUUCAUUGGUUGUUAUGCUUC